AACUUGAGCCAACGGGAAAAGAUCUCUUACAUUCUUUCCAAAAGCGAUUGCCGGGAGUACACGGUGGACAACGUCGUGAAUUUCGACAAAAGGAGUGCGGACUCCGCGAGAGCCUGCGCAAAAAUCGUACAAAAUAUACCACAGCGUUACCGCUGGGAGUGCGUCAGCCCGGAGGAUAUUCCUUGCUGCUACACCAUCGUCGCCGACUGUAAAAAAGUGUCCUGUAGGGACAAGCCUCCUCGGCCCAUGAACGCCUUCAUGAUAUGGGCGCAGGGCGCCCGCAGGCUGAUCAACGAACUCUGUCCGAAGAUGCAGAACGCCAUCAUCAGCGAGGCGCUGGGUUUCUACUGGCGACAGAAGAGCGAGGCGUUUAAGAAGAAGUUCGAGGACGAGAAGGUGAAGCUGAGGCGAUUUCACAACGUGGAGUUCCCCGAAUACAAGUACAAGCCUAAAACAAAAGUGCAGAAGGCCAAAGAGAAGCAGGAGCUGUCGCUGACCAAGGCGAAAAUGCGAGCUUCGGUGAAGCGGGAAAAGCUGAAACAGUCCGAGGAUGCGAAUCUCUUUAAGAGAAGGCCGGCGACCAGAGUUGGUCGACCGAAGAAACUCCAGAUGUCGACGGUCACGUCAAAUGUCACGUCAGCUGUCACGUCAAAUAUCACAACGUCUGAGACGCCCAAGUCAAACUCUGAGCCAUCCACGACAGCGACCACGGCAGAACCGGAAACGUCCCAUCCGGCAAUGUCUCCGUCAAAGCCGGCCAUCAAAAACAUGCUGAGUCUUAAACUUUUGAAUGACAGGCUCUCUAAGGGCUCAAUGUACCCUACGUCUCGUGGUGAAGUCCAGACCGCAUUUGGUCAGUUAAGCCCCCUGGAGGUGGACAGUCCAGGCAUGAACGACAUGUUUGAAGAACUGAGCCACCACGACGCCCGGGAAUCAGCUCGUGACGCGGACACCAGCGACCUCCACAAGAACACAUCCUCCGUGUACGACACUCCGGCCAACACACCUCCGCUGGACGACAACCACGACACUCACCACUCGCCGGCCCAAACGCAGUUAUCUCCGGCGUCUCCCCCGCACGUUAUAGCAUCGUCCGCUUCCGUAGCUCCGCCGACCUCUUGCAGCUCCGCCCCCACACCAUCCCCGAGACACAUCACCAUGCCAUCGCUGUCAGCCAUCUUGUCCACCCCGAGUAAGAACAUUCAGAAUGCUCAGAAUCUCAUCGCCCUGACAACGGCCAACGCGAACCUCCUGGCCGACUCGAGGUCGCAGGCCACAAACGAGCUGACGGACUUUGUCUUGACCUACAUGUCCGCGACCUCGGUACACAAGUCAAACGUCGCGCUCGCCAUAGAUCGCAACAAUAACCGCGCCACCAUCGACGCCAACAAUAACGAAAGCGACUUCAACAACAACAACACCAGCAGCGGCUCCCACGGUGGAACCAUCCUCGUCCGCAACUUGGGUCUCCCCCCGAGCUACACGGCCAGCGUCAGGAAUUUUCGGCUAAGCUCGGCGUUCAAUGAACCUAGUGACCUCGACAGCCUGUCUCUGGACUUGAACACACCUCUCCUCAGUGAGGAUGAAAUGACGUCACUGCUGUUCAGUCUAAGAGGCCAGUACACGUCUUAACCAACGACGGUAGUCUUACGUUUUUAAACCGACAAAAGGCC